UCCAUUUUGGGUAGAUGACAGUCGAUGUGCUAUGUCACAUUGCCAUGUAGAAGCAUGCCAACAAGAAGAUAUUCCUGCGGGUCUGAAACGAAUGAAACAAAGAUAUCAGGAUCCAGAUCAAUCUCAAACUUUCUGUGAUGACUUUGAUACCAGACUGGGAUAUUUAAAUAUGAGCAUUAGUCCAGCUGCUCACAAAGGAUUUGAAGAAUGGGCUAAACAUGAUGAUGCACAAGAUAAUUUUUGUCUCUUAGAUGAAGAUGAACCUUCAGCUCAAUAUGUAGAUUUAUUAUUAAAUCCUGAAAGGUAUACGGGUUACAAAGGAUUUUCUGCAAAUAGAAUUUGGAGGAGCAUAUACAUGGAAAAUUGUUUUAGACCAAAAAAUUGCAUGAACUAUAAUUCUUUUAUUCCUUAUAAUGCUUUAUCGGCCCAGAAUGGAAUGUGCCUGGAGAAAAGAGCAUUUUAUAGAGUACUGUCAGGGUUGCACACUAGUAUAAAUAUUCAUUUAUGUGCUAAUUACUUAUUAUCAGAUAAGGAACAACCAGGGUUUGUUGGCCCUACAACUGGACUUUGGGGCCCUAAUAUAGAAGAAUUUAGGCAUCGUUUUCAUCCAGAUUAUACCAAUGGUGAAGGGCCUCAUUGGUUAAGAAAUUUAUAUUUUAUAUACUUAGUAGAAUUAAGAGCUUUAUCAAAAGCUGCACCUUAUUUAUUAAGAGAAGAGUAUUUUACUGGCAAUGAAUCAGAGGAUAAAGAUGUAAAAGCAGCUAUUACCGAUUUGUUAAAAGUGGUUCAGUCUUUUCCUACUCCUUUUAAUGAACGUACUAUGUUCAAUGGUCACACAACAAAAUUAAAAAGAGAAUUCCAACAUCAUUUUCAAAAUAUUUCUCGUAUAAUGGACUGUGUGGGUUGUGACAAGUGUAAGCUUUGGGGAAAGCUUCAAGUUCAAGGAUUAGGAACAGCAUUAAAAAUUUUAUUCUCUGGAAAAUUUGAUUCAUUUGAUGAAUAUGGAAUAGAUUUGGUAACUUUGGGACGAAGUAAAUUUCAAUUACAAAGAACUGAAAUUGUAUCACUAUUUAAUGCUUUUGGAAGAUUAUCAACGAGCAUAAAUGAACUGGAAACUUUCAGAACAAUCAAGAAAAAAAGGUAGCACAUACUAUAUAAGUCGAGUUAUAAGAUUACAUCAC